UCUUGACCUUAACCCAGAGAGAGCCCUUCGGGAAGUGAUCGGAGAAACGUUAAUCAUAUUAUUAGAGUGGUUUUAAUCACCGAUCUCAGCAAGAAGUAAUCAACAGAAGCUCCGUCAUGACAACAAGGCCCACAAGAAAUCGGACUCAGGACAGAAAAAACAAUUUCUCUUUCGUUCUGUGUGUGUGUAUCUCAAUCUCCUUAUACUCUUUCAACGAUGCAUAUCAAAUACCUCAUUUUGGCCUGUGUUUUCAUCUUCGCCCGAAUUGUCCUUGCCUCUGAUUCUGCUCGACGUAAAUCGGAAGAGGAAACAUCCGACAAUGCUCUGAACUACGAUCACAAAGAUGUCACCCAACGAUCGGGAUUCAUGUCACUUAUCCAAGACGGUACAGUUCCCACUUUCCUUGUAAUGGGUUUAGCCACAAUCGCUGCCGCUGCUUUAAGUUCCAAAAACGAAGGUAAAUUACGCGUACGACGAUCAACCGACGCAAAUUGGUCCAACAAUUUACUCAAAAUUCUCGGUAAUGUUCAAAAGGCCGUUGAAAAGUACCAACAAUUAGAAAACGAGAUCGCUAAUGAAUUAGACGAUGAUAUGGUUCGUGAUUUCAAUUCCAAACCAACUGAAUAAAUUAAAUCUUUUUACUCUAAUCCAUCAUUCAAUUUUAUCCCACCAAUUAAAACCUUGUUAUCAUCAAAUGUUAAUUGUUUCCUAAUUUAACUUUUAUCAUUGUUUCGCCAUUGCCAUAAACAAAUCAUAUUAAACAAUCAACUCAAUUUCAUUUACUAUCAA